CCCCGUGUAGCUCAAAAUGAGCAUUGAUUUUGAUGAUAACAAAACUCAAAGAGAAUCUAUCUAACCCAACUUUAAAAGUGAUGUGUAGAUUCUUUGUCUUAUUACUAAAGAAUUCUUGAAGUUGCAUCUAAGGAGAAAGGAUACUCAAAGGCAUUUCAAGACAAAUUCAAAAUAAGAAAAGGACAAGACUAUGGAAGCCAAGACUCAAAGAAAAGGAUGUCAAUCUGCUAAGCAAAUUUGGGAUAAGCUUGAAGUGACUUAUGAAGGAACUGAUGUUGUUAAAGAGUCCAGAGCAAACCUUCUGAUUCGAGAUUAUGAGUUGUUUGAUAUGAGGCCAGGAGAAUCAAUUGCAGAUAUGAGUACAAGGUUUACCGAUCUUGUAAAUCUUCUCAAAGCACUUGGUAAAAAAUUUGAGGAAGCAGAACUUGUGAAGAAAAUUCUUAGAUCACUUCCAAAAUCUUGGGAAGCAAAGACUACAGUUAUCCAAGAUACCAAGGAUUUUAAGACUUUUUGA